CCUUUACUUUCUCAUGCCUCAUAGAUAGCAUCUCUGUCUAAAGCUCUGGUCUGACAGGGGAUUCUUUACCUUUCUUUAAAUUUUUAUUUCAUCGUCCACCCAAAAAAAAAUCAUCUGUUCAUCUUUUUCUAUUUUUAGAUAUAUAUAUUUUUUAUAGUAUUUAGCUCCAAUUUUUCUCUCUGUAUUUUGUUUAUUGCACAUUUAUUCAGGUAAAAAAAAAUACCCAACUGUUUAGGUCGAGCACUUAUUUUUUGGGUUCUGACUUUGUAAUCUCUGUUGUAUAUUCCUCUCUCUCCAAUCUUUUUUUUCAAGAUUCUGGAUUUUCUCACUUGUUCAAGUGGUUUUAUGGGUUCUUUAUCGUUUCUUGCACAUUUACUCAACUGAGAUCUACUCGAAUGUUAUAACAUAGGUCAAGACUAAUAAUUUCUUUUUUAAAAUUUAUUUAUUUUAAAUUUAUCUGGGAAAUUGACCUGAGCCAUAGAUUUCUUAUCUUGUUCUAAUUGCUUUUCCUCAAAUUGCUUGGGAACCCGAAGGAAGUGUUGUUGUUCUUGAUGGAUACCCUUCUUCAAGAAUUUCCUAAUUCCAUGAAUAGAUUCAAUUUCGACCAUUACCCCGUUUCUUUCUCUCCAAAUAGAAAUCUUCUUAAUGGAUAUGAGCUCAAUAAUAACUUGAGUAAUCCUUAUUCCCCCGUUCCUUCAUUUGAUCCACAACCUCCUAAUGACUUGACAUCAUCUUCUCCUUCAUCCUUGAGCUCAGAAGGACAUGAUCCAAAUAAUAAUGUUGUUCUCAAGUACAUAAGCGAUAUGCUUAUGGAAGAGGACUUAGAGGGCAAGACCUGUAUGUUGCAGGACUGUUUGGCCCUCCAAGCUGCAGAGAAAUCCUUGUAUGAUGUCCUUGGUCAGGAAUAUCCCCAUUCAUUGUAUCACUGUUCUCAAAAUGUUCAAAGUCCUGAUGAUACUUCACCUUGGAGUAGCAGUGUUGAUAGCAGCAAGAGCUAUCCAGCUGCUGUUAAUACUUCAGUUGAAAAUUCAAAUUGGAUUUUUGAUCGAGUUGAUUUAGAUUUACAUGGAAUCCAAAGUUCUCUUAUUGACUCCCCUGAAAGUACCCUUCUAGGACCAUAUUUCCAGAGUGAUAUACACCCGUUAACAGUGGUCAGGCAACGGAUAGGAGAUGGUGAUUCUUUGGUAUUGGCACCAAAGAGCAGCCCAGAAACUGAGAGAGAUUCCUCACCGAAUAGUUCACGGGGACGGAAAAAUCAUCAACGUGAGGAUGGUGAUUAUUUAGAAGAAGAGAGGAGCAACAAGCAUUCUGCUAUUUCUCUCGCAGAGUCUGAGCAGUCAGAGAUGUUUGAUAAGGUAUUGCUUUGUCCAAGUGAAAACAGCAAGUCUGAAGCACGUGCUCUUCAUGAAAAGUCACAGAAUGGAGCAAGCCGGAAUGGGCAGGGUAAAGGAUCUAAUGGCAGAACGACGCGAGGAAGGAGACAGGGAAACAAAGGAGAAGUGGUGGAUUUGCCAACUCUGCUAACACAGUGUGCACAAGCUGUGGCAAUCAGUGACCAAAGGACUGCAACAGAGCUACUUAGGCAGAUUGGGCAACAUUCUUCAGCUUAUGGGGAUGGAAACCAAAGAUUAGCAUAUUACUUCUCCAAGGCCCUUGAGACACGUUUGGCUGGUACCAGUACGCCUAAAUACACGCCGCUUGUAAGCAACAAGACACCAGUUUCUGAUAUCUUAAAAGCUUACCAGGUGUAUGUUAAGGCAUGCCCAUUCAAGCGAAUGUCAAAUUUCUUUGCUAAUCAGACAAUUUUCAAACUAGCACAGAAAGCAACUAGGCUCCACAUUAUUGAUUUUGGCAUUCUCUAUGGUUUUCAAUGGCCUUGCCUCAUCCAGCGCCUCUCACAAAGGCCUGGUGGACCUCCAAAGUUGCGAAUUACUGGAAUUGAGCUCCCUCAACCUGGUUUUCGCCCUGCUGAAAGGGUCGAGGAGACUGGCCGUCGCUUACGAAGAUAUUGUGAGAGGUUUAACGUCCCAUUUGAGUAUAAUGUCAUAGCACAGAAAUGGGAAACCAUCAAGUACGAGGAUCUCAACAUCAACAGAGAUGAGAUGACUGUUGUUAACUGUUUGCAUCGGUUAAGGAAUCUCCCUGAUGACACAGUUGUAGCAAACAGUGCAAGAGAUGCUGUCUUAAAAUUGAUCAGGAGAAUCAAACCAGACUUAUUUAUCCAUGGAGUUGUUAAUGGUACCUAUAAUGCUCCAUUCUUCGUCACUCGGUUUCGAGAGGCACUAUUCCACUUCUCUUCCAUGUUUGAUAUGUUUGACGUUAACGUGCCUUGCGAAGAUGAGCAAAGAUUGCUGUAUGAGAAAGAAAUAUUUGGAAGAGAUAUUAUGAAUGUCAUAGCAUGUGAGGGUACUGAGAGGGUUGAAAGGCCUGAGACAUACAGACAGUGGCAGGUUCGAAAUAUAAGAGCUGGGUUCAGGCAGCUUUUAUUAGAUCAAGAAAUUUUGAAGAAAGUGAGAUCUACUGUGAGAUCAGAGUAUCACAAGGAUUUUGUAGUUGAUGAGGAUGGCGGGUGGAUGCUACAGGGAUGGAAAGGGAGAGUUAUCUACGCUCUUUCAGUUUGGAAACCAGUCCAGGAUUAACAUGUAUGCUCGUAUAUGGAAUUAGUGGUUUAUGAGAAGGCCCUACUAGAAGUUUUGUUUCUAUCUUUCAUGUAAAUAUAGCUAGAAGUUUUUAAUAUUGAUGUUUAAUUUUUCCUGCCCAAUUGGUGAAAUAUAUUUGUUCUUUUUGAGAUCACCA